AUGACCAUGAAGUGCGAACUGCUGACGAUCCUAUUGAUGCUCUUCAACGUCCUCGCUGGGUACCACCGAACAACGGGUGACAACGGCGACAAACCCGAUUUUCUAAGCUUACAGGUGCUGGAAGAUAACGAGAGAGAGAGGAGGUUCCACCUGGGCCACGUCACUGCCAUAGAAACGUCAGUAGAUUGGGAGUCGGGUCCGAAUUCCACGCAACACGGACUCAUCCUAAGGCAGAUGACAGACGGGCGACGUUUCAUACAACUCAUCUACGAUUCCACAUGGCAAUUGGUGGACUGCGAGUACCUACGCAGUGCCAACAUGGUGCGUGACUUUCUUAGCAAGUUUCGUCACGAUUUCGACUGCGUGACCCUAUUAAUUUCGGGUCGUAGGGUGGCCGAAUGCGCCAACGCCACUUAUCGCCUGUUAAAGGACGGACACUUGCCCUCCGACCUCGCACCUUUGACCGAUUAUCGACGACUGAGACUCGAAUGUCACCAACUUCACAACAGGAUAAAGAAAGUUGUAAGGAGAGGAGAAGGAGGAGGUCACGAUCACUCGGCCACCCCCGAUCGAGUCAAGCGUAACUUGUUCUUGUUUCCUGGUACCAAUUGGUGCGGUUCUGGAAGUUCUGCUCGUAAAUUUAACGAAUUGGGUUACAAUGCCGCCACAGAUAGAUGCUGUCGAGAUCACGAUCUGUGCCCCUACACCGUGGAGGCAUUCACACAUAAAUAUGGUUUCUUCAACUAUAGAUUUCACACCAUAAGUCACUGCGAUUGCGACGAGAGGUUUCGAGCCUGUUUGAAACUGGCCAACACAGCAACCGCCAAUUUAGUUGGUAAACUGUUUUUUAACAUCGUUCAAACCAAAUGUUUUUUAUUUAAAUUAGAAGACAUGUGCAUGAAACGUUCUUGGUGGGGUAAAUGUCUUAAAUCCGAGAAAGAAAAAAUCGCACACGUUCAAGAUUCUUUAAGUUAUUAA